CCGGACAGACACACAGUCCAUUGUAAACCGAAACACGAGGUGAACCCACAUGCGGCCCUCACCUAUCACUUUCACAUAUCCGAUAGCUCCCCAUGCCCGCAAUAGAUAACGACAAUAAAGCACUCUGCAACUCAUGCUACCUAUGUUGCCAAAACUGAUGACGUUCCGAUGACCUCACCUGUACCCCUGACCUACCUCCUGACGCUCAUCAUCAUACCUACGCACUUAGCCCAAGUCAAUGACUGACUUGAACCAUUUAACCACAACAAAAGAUGAUAACCAAGAAGCCGGCUAGUAGUUCAGCGGACAUAACCACUGAGAACUAUACCUUGUUACAUGUUAUAGUUGGUUCUUAAUUAUUAGACCAGCAUGUUUUUCCUAAACUGAGGCCCACGGUAACUCAGGGAAGAUAUACAUUGCAUAGGGCCAUACUUGUUAUGUGUGCAACCUGCUGUUUCCCUUUUCUUAUUCUGUACCCCAUACACUUUCAUAUCUCAAUAAAAAAGUGAUUGACAAAAUAAAUAAAUAAAAUAAAAAUGUAGUAAUAAUAAAAAUAAAAUGUAAUAUUAAAAUAAUAAUAAUAAAAAUAAUAAAAAUGCCCACCCCCCACCAAGGUUACACACUCUGCAUUCAUACACACACACACACACACUGCAUUCAUACACACACUGCAUUCAUACAAACACAGACUGCAUUCAUACACACACUGCACUCAUACACACACACAACACACACAUACACUGCAUUCAUACAAACACACACAUACACACACUGCAUUCAUACAUACACACACACACGCUGCAUUCAUACAUACACACAGCAUUCAUACACACACACACUGCAUUCAUACAUACACACACACACGCUGCAUUCAUACAUACACACACACACACUGCAUUCAUACACACACACACUGCAUUCAUACAUACACACACACUGCAUUAUAUACACACACACUCUGCAUUCAUUAUAUAAACACACUGUAAAUAAAUAUUCAAUUAUUAGAAUUUUUUGGGGAUCUAAUUUUAUUUAGAAAUUUACCAGUAGCUGCUGCAUUUCCCACCCUAGUCUUACACUCGAGUCAAUAAGUUUUUCCAGUUUUUGGGGGUAAAAUUAGGGGUCUCGACUUAUAUUCGGGUUGACUUAUACUCGAGUAUAUACGGUAUUCAGACAAACUGAAAAAAAAAAAAAUAACUGUCCUAGGGCUAAGAGGACAGGAAAAGACUGAGGUGUGGAUGCUACUGGGGUAACAAUGCUUAAUUGUUAAUUGAUUGUGUUUCCUGUCCUGAGGGUUAGAGGGAGGAGCUAAACCCAUACGUUAAAUGCUGCCAUGAUUAGCCAGGAACAAAAGUAUCUUCAUCUUUUCCUUCACAGCUUAAUGAAGACGGAAACUACAUUAUCGCAGAAAAGGAAGAUAUUUGUAACAUGAAAUCUAAUUCCAGGAAAAACAACAAAACAGGUAAUAAUACUCAAUACUUAAUUCACUAGUUAAUCUAUAAUCUGACUCACGCAGUCAGGGUAUUAAGAGAAAGUAUAGAGUGUACAGGCCAUAGACACAUGGCAUACAGGUAAAUAAUACACAUUUCUAACAGAGUGUAGCUGUGAUCUCUGUGUUGUGAUAGUCAUAGGCGUGCGCACGGGUUGGGCCGGGUGAGUCCUGCAGGAACGCGUGGGAACACCGUUCCCGCUGUUCCUGCAGGCACUCUGCCGCCCCAAAAUGCCCUCCUCGUCCCUCCGUGUUCCCCCUGUCAUGUGGGGGGGCCGGGGAGCAAGAUGUGAUGGACACCCCCCCUCCCGGUCAGGCGCCUAUCUCCAUACAACAAGCGGCGAGGGAGCUGUGUGCUCUCUGCUUCCGCUUGCCGCGCGCUGUUUGCUGAUGCCGGGAGCCGGAAUAUGAUGUCAUAUUCCGUCUCCCAGCUACUGUAGACAGCCCGCGCGGCGAGAGGAAGCAGAGAGCACACAGCUCCCUCGCCGCUUGUUGUAUGGAGAUAGGCGCCCGACCCACUGGACCCCAGGGACAAGUCCUCGCCAGGUCUCCAGGUAGGGAGGCUAGGUGGACAAUUUUGAAUUUAAAAAAAAUAAUUUGUGUAUGUGUGUGAGUGUGUGUGUCUGUGAAUGUAUGUGUGUGUGUGUCUGUAAGUGUGUGUGUGUGUGUAUGUGUGUCUGUGAGUGUAUGUGUCUGUAAGUGUGUGUGUCUGUAAGUGUGUGUGUGUGUGUCUGUGAAUGUAUUUGUGUGUGUGUGUAUGUGUGUCUGUGAAUGUAUGUGUGUGUGUGUCUGUGAGUGUGUGUGUGUGUCUGAGUAUGUGUGUGUGAGUGUAUGUGUGUGUAUGCGUAUAUAUACACACGAGUGUAUAUUAUUAUUUUUUGGGGGGGUGGGAAUCUUGGGAGAGUUCCCACACUUUAUUCCCCAGGACUUGACCCCUGCCGGCAGUGGAGAUCUCUGGAUCCUUAGGGAAAGCAUUGGAUUGGCUAAAAUUGGUAUGGGGUGGGCCAAAUGCCAUUUUGGCCAAUCAGGAUCUCCUCAUAGAGAUGCAUUGAAUCAAUGCAUCUCUAUGAGGAAAAUUCAGCGUCUCCAUGCAGAGCAUGGAGACGCUGAACGGCAGUGCUGCUUACUGUGCAGCCCUGAGCCAGGAAGCCCCUCCAGUGGCCAUCUGAGGAUUGGCCACUUGGUGGUUUCCCUAGGGGCAAUGAAGAAGAGAAAAGGCAGUGUUUACAUGAAAAGGCCUGAAGGGAGCUAUUAUACUCACCAGAACAACUACAUUAAGCUAUAGUUGCUCUGGUGACUAUUGUGUCCCUUUAAUGUAACAAUUGUGUAAUUAAUUACAGAUUUUAGGAUCCUGGGUGACCUUCAAAGAGGAGCUCAAGCUGCUCAAGACAUGGAGAAACUCUACAAAAAGUGUGAAAUGUGAGUAUUGUUUUUUUGUACAUUUCAGUUGCGUUUUCCAGGGUUUUUGUGGCUGUUGUUUUCUAAAACACCGACAUGCUUAAAGGAAAAACUGGCUCAGACAAACAUGUUAGAAUGAACGAUUGUGUUACAAAAUUCGACUCAAUGCAGUGACAUGACAGGUGUUUAUUUUGACCUUUUUUGUAAUUGAAGUUUAUUAAGUGCAGUUGUUCUGCGGGAAGGAGCAUGAGAAAUGUUUGGGUACAUAAUACAGAUUAGUUUAUAAUUAGUUUAAGAUAAAAACACAAGAAAAGAGGGAAUGUGGAAAAUGGGAAAGUGUUCAUAUUUUGACUUUUUAUAAGUAGCCAAAGGUUGUCUUUUAGAAAAUAAAAAAAUAUUGACUGAGAUCUGCUUAGUGAUGCCCCACCAUGAUGUAAACUUCACUUUAUAAUUCCUGAUUUGUAGGCAGAAAACACUACUAUCAAGACACUGGCUCACCGAACCUCUGCCAAAAGCUGCGGUCUCGAAGGGCAACAACAAGCUUGAUACAUUGUAUCCUCCUUCCUGCAGGAAGACAGAUGAUAUCUCUGAGAAGAUGAAGGGUUUGGGACUGGGUUAUCUACUGCAGGGAUCGCGAUCAGAGCCCAACAUCUUGCAGACUCUGGGAACAAACCCACUUACAGAUAUAAUGGACAUCAAACAGAAUAUAUUCCAAAGUAAUUGUUUUUCCAAGUGUCAUAUGUCUCAGGCCAGUUUUUUAGGUUUGAAAAAUAGAAAUCUUUCAUUGCCAUGAAAUCGUACAUUUUGUGGGUUUUACUCAGACAUCAAUUGUGAGUAACCACUCUUUAUUAUAAUAAAUUGAAAUUACAUUUUUCUCUUUGUUCAAAUCUUCAUAGUUUUGCUUUAAAAAAAAAAAUAAUAUAUGUCAGCUUUCUGCAGCAGUGGCAGAACUAACGUAGAGGGCACAGGUGCAUAAAUGAUUUUGCCCCCCCCAUCAAGGGGGGGGCCAAAAGGUAGCCCUCCAUUUGUCGUACAACUCACACAAUGCUUUCCCAGCUGGGGAUCUAUUGGCACAUCCUUGCAGGGUUGUAUUUCGCACUGAGCAGUGUUUGAACGUAAGCAUGCUUUUGUAUGGAAUAUGUGUGAAUGAAUGCACUGGUGUGUUUGUGUGUGGUGUUGGUUUUUAAAUGCAGCUGUGAAUUUGUGUGUAGUUUUGGUUUUUGAAUGCAAGGGUGAGUUGAUAUUUAAUGUUUGUGUUUUAUACAGAGGUGUGUUUGUAUGUAGUGUUGUCAUUUGCAUGCUGGGGGUGUUUGUGUGUAGUGUUGAUGUUUAAAAUUCAUAUAUACACACACGCUGACACACAUAUAGAUAGACAUACAGAUACAGACCCACACACUGACAUACAGAGAUGCAUUCUGGUCCUCUGGUGUGGCUCAGUCUGUUAUCUGGGAAGACGAGGGGCCUGGCAGCAGCACACAACGGGGCCUCUAUAGUCACUUGCCACCCUGAUGGACCCCCUAAAUGUGCAAUCCCUGUGAAGCCACGGUGGCCGCACAAGAGGUAGUUCCACCACUCUUCUGGCUGUGAAAGACUUGUGUCUGCUGCUCAGCUCGCACUGAUUUCUCAUAGACUGAGUUGUGUACACACAUUGCAUACUUCCAAUCUGAAAGUCACGUUAUGAGAAUAGGAGGCAUGACACAGGGGUCGAGUUUUGCUGCAGAAAGCUCCAUUUUAUUUAUUUUUUUGUGUUUUAAAUGGAAAAAUCUAAAUUAAAGAGAUUUGAACAGACCAAAAAAUACAGUAUGAAUAAGGUUAUAAUCUUUAAAUGCACUUAAAGUGUGAGGAGAAGUCAGGUUGGUUACAUUGUCCCCCUUAUGAGGUUUGAGUUAUAUAUCUGCAAAUGGGGAUAAGAUUUAGAAAGUUCCCGAAAAUUCCAUUUGUCAUUCCUGCCAGGUUGUUUUUCCCUGAUGGAUGUGCUAAGACUUUUUUUCCCCUUCUGUUUUAAAGGGCUAACGUCACCUGACACAGAAAGAACCAGAACCAUGAAGGUAAGUCAAUAUAUUCCAUAACUGCUAGUGUUUUAGUGUAAUAUGAUAUGUUGGAUCAUUAGCAUGUAGCUAUAAAAUAAGCCUGCAGGGAAAAGUACCAGAUUAUUGAACAGGCCCUUUCACUGAAUUUUAAGGAAUUAAGUCCAAAUUUCAACACUGAGGCUAAAAUAGUAUUUUAGACAGAUUACAGAGUUGGAGAAUUUUUUUUCAAAUAAUCUGUUUUGCAAUUAGGAUCUUAACAUACUCAUUCCUGUUUUUAGGCUACAUUAAUUUAUAGAUAUGAAGAUCAGCAAUAAACUAUUGAAAAUGUUUUUUGUGAAUCAAUUGAGUUCUCCAAUAUUUUUCUAUUUCUGAUAAAUGGAAAGAUGGAAAUUGUGGAGGGCAGACAUGGGCAUUGCAAAAUUUACACCAAUGCAGUUAAAAUAGAAACAUUUUUAAACUUACUUAAAACUUUGAAUUCCUGGUCCAAUAAAAAAAAAUCCCAGACAUGUUAAAAAUUGUCAGAUGUUCUAUUGACAGUAGAAAAUUUACUUAUUUUUAAACCAAAUUUACAUUUAUUUCCUUUGGUGUUUUAGCGUCCUUCUCUGUGCCAUUCUCCUUGCUGUGUCCGACUAAGUCCACUGCAAAAAAGCAGAGCAAAAACAAUGGAUGAAAUUAAAGUCACCAACGCUGUGCCACCCUUUUUGAGAAGUUCUGAAUCUUUUUUAGAAUCCCCGGCACUCGAGUCGACCAGCUCUCACGGUGAUUCUCGAAAAUCGGCACAAGCAUGCAAUUCAGAUGACAUCAUGUCUAAAGAUCUCAUUUACAUCAGCAUUGGAGAGAGUAUGAUUAUCUCAGAAAGUUUGGAACAUAAUAAAGUCAAUGGGGCUUCGAUGAGUAGUAGAUUAUGUCAAAUGUCUUUAUCGGUGGAUGAGAAAUGCAACCAGUCACUCAUUUCUGAAGGAUAUUUUAUGGACACAAUUGCUGGACCUGGGGAAUCCACUGAAAAAGUGUUGACAAAUGAAGAUGAAAUUAUAUGCAAAGAAAUAGUCCUUGAGGAACAGAUGGUUGAUUCUUCUCAUCUACCUAUUUACAAAGAAAACAGAGCAGAUGAAAUAUUUGAUAAUUACAAAACAAAACUUGAUAGCCAACAAAGUGAUUGGAAAGGUGUUUCGAAGGAGACAACAGAACCUGAUUUUCUGAGAACACCAAGACAGGACCUUGUAAGUUUUGUGCAUAUUACCUUCUCUGAACCUGAAUCUCCAAAAGAGCAGAUGUCUUCUUCAGCUAAGCAAUCUCAGAAAAAGAGAAGGUGGAACAGAAGUAGUGUGCCCCAUAAUGUUAACCACAGUUUUAACAUACUUGCCCAAAAGGAGAAUGAGAGAACAAAGAAAAAUAAAAAGGCUAGAAAUAAAUCUGCGUCAGAUGUCUUCUUGAAGAACCAGAGACCUCUUUCAAACAACAAGAAAACCAGCUUAAAGAAUAUAUCUGUUUCUUCCAUGGAAUUUAUGGCUAGUCCAACUAAUUCCCCAAACUUUAGAAAAGCCCACCAUCUAGAGAACAUUAACUUGGACAAAAAUAGCAAACGUUCUCACACGCAUUUAGCACUCUAUACACCAAUUAAAGUAUCAAAGCCAUGUGUCACCAGAGCAAACACAGCCCCAGAUUUUCAGAAUAUAAAGUAUCCUGACAUGUUUGUGCAAAUGAAUCCACAAAAUGAAGGUCCGGGUAUCUAUCAAAUGUUUGAGACAUCAUUUUACUCCAGUGGCAAAGAGUUGUCUGCAGAAGACGGUAAUUUUUGUAGAGAGUCCACUUCAUCAACUAGAAGCCUUGUGUCCAAAAGUGUUAGGUCUCUCAGUGCCAAUGACAGCAAAACAAAGAUACAGAAAAAAGCUCAAUCCAGAAACAAGAAGAGUUCUUCUGCCUUAACUCAGAAGCGCAAAAGCUCUUUGACUAAAGAGAAGGCCGCGAAAGAUGUUCUAAAUAAAAUUGAAGAUAAGGUGGUGAUAAUUUCUGGAACAGAUUGGCAUAUUGAAGCAAUAAAACACAAUGAUUUUAAUACAAAUAAUGAUGCAAUACCUACAGAGGAUGGUCCACAAAAUAAAUAUUCAGAUUUAUCCAUAAUUAAAGAGGCUACAAUAGAAGGUUCGUUUAGUAUAAAUGGGAGCUCUCAUGCACAAUUUACUCAGAUGGUUAUCGAAAUUAGUAAAGGUUUUGAUGAAGAGAUUGCCCAGCAUGAGCAUUCAAAACCUAAAGAGGUGCCCAAAGAUGAAAGUGGUCAACAAGGAAUAGUUCUGUCCAACGGAAGCCUUACAAAAUACAAUAAGAAAGGUCAAAAUGAUCAAAUAUUAAGAACUAAAGACUUACCCCAAAAUGAUGAAGACCUCAUCGAUAUACAUGAUGAGAAACUGAUUGAUUUAAUUAGACAGGUGUACACUGAAGUCCGAGAAGAAAAUUCUUUUAACAAACUAAAAAACGCAAGCCACAAUAUCCACAUGGAAAAUACUCUAAAAGAAAAUUUGAUGGAAAAUGAAGGUGACCCAGAACACACAAUCACGGUUUCUGAAACUGAUGAUGUGGAUAUCGGCACUGAUACAGAGAGUGAACAGACAGAUGAACUUCUCUCACAACUAGCACAAAAAAUGAUAUCCCUUGAUGAAAAAGAGUCCAGCUUAUACAGAACAUUGACAAAUGCACAGGUAGCAUUUGAAACGUUAAGGUCCCAUAGCCAAAAUGCUGACCUUGAAGAAGAAAUUUCAAGCGUGAAAGAGGUAAAAUUUACUAUCAACCCAAAACUAAUAGAAAUUAUCCACCAAGAUCACAGGGGCUACAAACUGGCAGAGAACGCAUAAGAAUGGUACACUUGUAGAUGUAGUGGUUCUUUCAUGUUUGUGUAGUAGACCACCUGUUCCAAGAAGUAACCAUUUUGACAUACAAACUUUUGCCCAAGUAAAGGAACACUAUAGACACCCAGACCACUUCAUCUCAUUGGGUGCACUGCCCCUGUUCCCUUAACCCUGCAAUGUAAACCAUUACAGUUUUAGAGAAACUGCAGUGUUAAAACUGCUUCUAGUGGCUGUGCCCAGUGGCAGUUUGACUCUGCGAAACAUCUAUGAAUGUCCUCACACUGAGGACAUCCAGCGUCAAGCAAAAUUUAAUAGGAAAGCAUUGCAUCAAACCAGUCCUCAAGACCCACCAAUAGUCCAAGUUUUAUUAUUAUCUCCAUUGGAAUAAAAAAGGGAAAUACAUAAAUCUGAGAUUGUUGGUUGGUCAUGAGGACUGGUUUGGGAACCACUUGAUUAGAGGGUCAGAGCUUCAGUGAACUUAAUGGUGGCAGCAAUCUGGUGUUUCCCUUCUAGCUGUAACAUUUUGGGUCUGCUUUAUUGCAUUCUUAGGUUACCCAGCUUUAGUAUACUGCUUUAAACCCUGGUGGUAGCAGCUUGUUUAUAUCAAUUUAAUUGCAUUUUCAGAUGCCUUAUGGCAUCUACACACAAAAGUACACCCUGCGUUCAAAUCCCUACUACUGCUCAGCUGCAGCAAUGGCUAUAAUGGAAAUAGCCCAAGUGCAUAAACAAAACAAAAAGGGUAUUUUUAUGAACUCCUACAAACUAACUGAACAGGGCACACACACGGGGCGCAGCACUGUCAUAUGGCUGUAUAGUACGAAAUCAAAUAAAAACACUAUAUAAACUCUGCGUAGGGUUUAAUUACAGUCAGAGCUGCACCAGUUACUGCAGACUUGAAACUGGAACCUAACACACAGAAAUUUCUUAACAUACCCAGCCAAGUCCAGUGCUGGAACUAUGAAUAGAGGUUGGGUUCAUUGGCAGUUCGGCACUCCGCUUUGCCAAGGCCAUGUUUCUCACGCUCAGGCCUUUAAUGAAUAACAUGUUAGUUAAUCCAGGCACUGCAAAGUUCUACCAUUGUAGGCCUUCUGUGCAUUUCAAUAAAUGUAAAGAUCAGUAGUGCAAAGAAAACCUGAUAUAUUAGAUACUGACAUCGCUUGACAGAUUUUUAAAGUGUUUAAUUUAGCUGCCGGAGGAAAAAAAGCUCAGCAGUUAUCCACAGUAAUAAACUCUUACAGCAGAAAAUUAAUUAUUUUCUAACUGAGCCAUCAGAAAUUAGCUGUAGUACUUCCUAAUGCAAUGUUAGCUUUACUUUGUGCUAAUUACAUUACAAUCAAAUGCAUAAGUAAAAAUGUCUUGCCGAAAGUUUAAUUUCUAUCUGUAGUCCCUAAGCCUUUUAGGGUCAAUUUAUGGGACCAAUUCUGGGCUAACCUAGACACGUGGUAUACAGUGCUGGGUGAUUAAACGGUCAUUCUACUGGAGUGAGUCAAGUUUGCAGUAAAUAUUGGCCUCUGCCUAGAGACACAGGGCACAGCCAUUAAUUUACUGUGCUCCUAAAUAAAGUCUCUUCCAAUCCAAGUGCAUCAAUGUGAGUGAACAGUAAACACUUUGUAAAUAUGAGUAAAGCUGAUAGAGAGAUACUCUAAGCACCAAAACAACAUUAGUUUAACAAAGCAGCUUUAGUAUAUAGGUCAUGAUCGUGUAGUGUUACUGCCAUUUAAGAGUUUAAUCACUGCAAUUUUGGUGUACACAGAGCUAGCCACACCUCCCCUGGCUGUGAGUCACACAGCUUGCAUGUUAAAAUGGUUUUAUUUUCAAUCAUAUCUGACAGCACAGUGUGUUUAAACAUUUUUAUCUUCUUCUCGGUAAAUUUAUUUUAAUCACAGGAGGCUCCUCUACAAGCUUCUAACUUAAACAGACUGUGCUAUAAUGCAAGAUUCCACUCAAUGGUAAAAACUCUUGCUAUUGUUUAAUUGUAAAGCUGCUGAAUAGACUACAUAGAAAGGGUUUUACCUCUUACCAUGGAAGCAGCUUGUAAAUUCAUACCCUCCUACAAUUCAGGGUAAGGUUGCAUUUUGCUUUGUGAUGUCAAACAGCAUUUUGACAAGGGCUUAAAUAGGGCAGUCAAAUCGCAAAAUCACAAUCGCAAUGAAGUAACUUUGGGACAUAGAUGCUUUCCCUGCAUUGUGAGAGAUGACAAUAGUGACAGUUUUUUUACACUAUUAGGGAGUUCUGAAUAAAAUACAUUCAAUAAUUGAUGCCAGUUUACAACUGGAGUCUCUCAACCUUUUUAUUGUUGUAGCCCCCUAUUAAAUUAUUUGGGGGCACAGUGUAAUGCUGGGAAACUCUGCAUAUUAACUGUGUCACCUACAUAGGAGGAAGGAAUCCAGGUUUCCCAUCACUGGACACCAGGGAUUGCUGUAAAUCCCGUGAGGAGUUGGUCUUGACUUUGGCAUGUUGAUUAUGACUUUAGAGUUUACUUUAUUUUUUUCAAACGAUGACCCCAAAACGUAAAUGGAUAAAGGAACAAAAGAAAAACUAUUCCUAUAAAGACAAUAUGGAUACUUUGGUGUGAAUAAUUGUAACAUGCUGGGCAUUUGAGCACACUCUCAGUUUUCACAAUCUUUGUUUUGCCAUUCUUCUAAAACAUUCAAUGAUAAAUCAUAAAUGGAUAUUAAAAAUAAACAGAGGCAAUCAGUUCAUCCCCUUUAUUAUGAAGAUUAAUUUGCCAUUGCUGAAAUUGAGGAUAGAGCAGAAUUAAUCUGGGAUAGCAGUCGUCAUAGAUAAUAUCAAGUGCAGUAUUCAGUCAUACAGAGGCACAGAAAAUCAUAUCCUGAGAAUCAAAUGCGUCUAUUAGUCCGUUACCCUAUAAACAAACAGUGCAACAAACAUUCUAAUAGAACAAUUUGACAAUCCUCAUUUUAAAAGAAAAUUCACGGAGGGGAUGGCAACUUUUAUUUUUUGAAUAUUUACUUUUAUGAAAAGCCUACUUGCCAUGAGGAAACUGCCUCCCGUUAAUUUAAGAAUAGGUUUGAACGCCAGUCAACAGCAUUGUCAAUGUGCAUAUUUGAAACUGUAAGAAUCUUAAACCAGCCAGUAUGGAGUGGGCAGAGAUUUUGCUUUUAAAGCAGACUACAUGUAACUUAUUUGUGAUUUACAUACAUGAGACCUUUUCUUUGUAACAUCACAAACAAGCUAAACGCAAGGGAGAUUUUUAGCAGUUUUAGCAGUGAUCUCCAAGUUUAUAAAUACUGCUUUAAAAGCCAACAGUAUCUCAACAAAGCUGACAUGUUUUUGAUAAAUUAGUUACAAAUUACUACAUCUAAUAUUUUGAAGGGAGUAUAAUUUCCAAGUCAAGGCAGUCUAAAUUAAGUGGAAGAAACAAAAAUGAUAGAAUUUUUUUAUCUUUCAUUAACAGAAUUGCAUAGAAUUUCACUUUGAAUAUUGAAAGAAAUACAUAAAAAAUAAAUAAAUAUAAACUUUUUCUUCAACUGUUUCAUCAGUUUAUAAAAGGCAAAUUAAAAAUAGAUUCAGAUAGCAUUUUUCAAAUAGACCACAGAUUCAUCCUCGUCUAUAGGUAUGGCAGCUAUUUUCCAUCCUAAAAUACAGUCCUGGACAGAUCAUCAGAAUAAAAUGCUAAAUUUCUUCAAUACAAAUCAUCCCAUGAUGCAGGUUUUCUCUUUGGUUACGCCAAACCUAAGAAGCAAAAACAAAUUAUUAAACUAAUAAUAAUGUUAAUUUUCUCUCUCCCCCUCCCAUUUACAGUGCAACAAAAAAGAAUGUCUAAACUCUAACACCAACAAUUUAAACCCUACUGAAGAUACUGGUGAGUUCAGCCAGCAUAUCGAUGGAAUAACUUGGAUCAAGGGAGAAGUGUUGGGCAAAGGAGCAUAUGGAACGGUAAUCAUUUCAUACACAAUAUUACUGGAUCAGUGAUAACCACAAAUUACCAGUUAUAGUGAAGAUUGGGUGACAAUCUGCCUCUCGAACAUAUCAAGUGAGGUUCAUGAUUGGUUGGUCCUCUUCCUAAGGCAUUUUAAUUUUGUAACAUUAAGGCAUCAUUCAUAUCAGUGUUGCAGGUAAGAAAGAAAAAUAAGCCACCAAUGAAAGGGGCAGUUACGUGGAUUGUUUAGGGCAAGAUGUAACUUUUCAUUGUAAUACAAAAUGAAAGUUAGUUUGUGUAUACAUGUUUGGAAGGAGAGUUGAAUCUCACAUUGUGCAGGACUGCCUAGGAGCAGUAACCUCCCCAAUCUACCAGUGACCGAUCCUUCAUUACAGCAGUGGUGGCUGGUGACAUUGAAAGAUGGUGAGGGAACCACUAUGAUGGGCAAUGCCCACCUAACUCCCGUGUACUCAACUCCAGGUCCAUGUCAUGCCCUGUUCAAUAUCAUAGACCGACAGCCUGGCAGCAGCAUCACUAUCCAUAGAUAAAUGGGGGGGGGAUAAAAACGGCAGUUAGCACACACUUAUCGUUACAAUAAGAUUUGAUUGUUCUUGCAAAAAUAAGGGAGGGGGAGGGGGAAGCACCCCCAUCUACCCUAAUGGACCAGCCUCCACUAAGUUAAAGUACUCUAAAGAGCUGGUGUUCCUAGGCAUUAACCAGGGUAAAUAAUGACUUUGUAUUAGAAUUUUGGGAAAAUUGGUCAUAAAUGGGCUCUACCAUAUGGAUUAAGAUGUGGUGACUAAUUUUAAUACCUGUCUACUUCUUUAAAGGUAUAUUGCGGUCUGACUAGUCAAGGAGAAUUAAUAGCUGCCAAACAAGUUGUUUUAGAUGCAUCGGACCCUGUAACUGCUGAGAAGGAAUAUAAAAAACUCCAGGAGGAAGUGGAACUCCUGAAAACGCUAAAACACGCAAACAUUGUUGGAUAUUUGGGGACUUGUCUACAAGACAACAUAGUGACUAUUUUCAUGGAGUUCGUACCUGGAGGCUCAAUAUCUAGCAUACUGAAACGAUUUGGGCCGUUACAUGAAAUUGUAAUUAGUAGAUAUACGAAGCACAUCUUGCAAGGUAUUGCCUAUCUUCACAAAAAUAGGGUCAUACACAGAGACAUUAAGGGAAAUAAUGUCAUGCUAAUGCCAGAUGGUGUUCUAAAACUCAUUGAUUUUGGAUGUGCAAAACGCCUGACUCGUUUGAGUAUGAGUGGGACUCGAAGCGAGGUGUUAAUAUCUAUGCAUGGAACACCUUUCUGGAUGGCUCCAGAAGUAAUCAACGAAUCUGGACAUGGAGAGAAAUCCGAUAUUUGGAGUAUUGGCUGCACAGUGUUUGAAAUGGCAACAGGAAAACCACCCCUGGCUCACAUGCACAAGAUGGCUGCAAUGUAUUACAUAGGAGCAAAUAAAGGACUCAUGCCUACUUUACCAGACCAUUUUUCAAGAAGGGCAAGAGACUUUGUAGAUUUAUGCUUAACUAGGUAAGUUUUUAUAUGCAGAACACACACACAAAUGUUUAUGAAGUCAAAAAUAUAGUGGAAAAAUAAGCUGGUAUCUGAACAUUAAAAGGAUACUUCCAUCCCAAAUAAAAUAAAGCUUGCUGCAGAUCUCAUUUGACGCCUUAGCAAGUCCAAUCACAGACUUCCCAAUGCAGAUCAAUGAGAAGUCUUUGCCAGGCAGAUGCUCUGGGCAAUUGCCGAAUCUAGAGUUUAGCUCCAUAGAGCCAACAAGACAGGGUGUCUGACUUUUUUUUAAUGGGAUGGGGAGGGGGAGUUACAACGAUUUAUAAAAGUGUCAAUUUCUGUUGAAAUGUGCAUUGUCUGUAUAUAUUACAUAGUUAAUUACAUAGCUGAAAAGAAACUUGCGUCCAUCAAGUUCAGCCUUCCUCACAUAUGUUUUUGCUGUUGAUCCAAAAGAAGGCAAAAAACCUAGUCUGAAGCACUUCCAAUUUGCAACAAACUAGGAAAAAGUUCCUUCUUGACCCCAAAAUAGUCAGAUGUCUCCUUGGAUCAAGCAGCUAUUACCCCACUAAUUGGAAAUUAUAUCCCUGUAUGUUAUGUUUUCGCAAGUAUUGAUCCAAUUGCAGUUUAAACAUCUGUAAUGACUGACAAAAUCACCUCUUCAGGCAGAGAAUUCCAUAUCCUUAUUGCUCUUACUGUAAAAAAAAAAAAAAACUUCUUUCCCUUAGAUGAAAUCUCCUUUCUUCCAGCCUAAAUGUGUGACCUUGUGUCCUAUGUAUAGGCCUGUUUAUGAAUAGAUUUCCCGAUAAAAGGUUUGUACUGGCCCCGAAUAUAUUUGUAUAAUGUUAUCAUAUCCCUUCUCAGGCGCUGUUUUUCCAAACUAAACAGAUUUCAUUUUUUUAACCUUUCUUCAUAACUAAAAUGCUCCAUUCCUUUUAUCAAUUUUGUAGCUCGUCUCUGCACUUUUUCUAGUACCAUGAUAUCUUUCUUUAUAACAGGUGCCCAAAAUUGCACAGCAUAUUCAAGGUGUAGUCUUACCAGCGAUUUAUAAAGAGGCACAAUUAUAUUUUCAUCCUGAGAAUUUAUGCCCCUAUUUAUACAUGACAAAACCUUACUAGCCUUAGCAACUGCAGAUUGACAUUGCAUAUUGCUGCCUAAUUUAUCUAUAACAAUUCCCAAAUCCUUCAUGUGUGGUUAUCCCUAGUUCACUACCAUUUAGGGUGUAAAUUGCUUGUGCAUUCUUAACCCCGAAGUGCAUAACUUUGCAUUUCUCUGCGUUAAAUUUCAUCUGCCAUUUUAGUGCCAGCUUAAAAAAAAAAAAAUAAAUAAAAAAAUAGAACCCACUUUAAACCACAAAGGCACGGUCACCCCCCUGAAAAGUUUGUAUUUUAUAAAAUACUCAUAUUGACUGUGUUGGAAUUUCACUGAAAGAUGCCCUGCCUGCAUCUCAUAAGUACAGAGAGAAAAAGAUGUUUAUCAAAUAGUGUAAGUACUUACACGUUGCUACCGAGGUGAAAGGUCAACAUGUGGCUGAGGUUCCAACAGUGCAGGUGAACCUAGAGACAGAAGAAAUAAAGGUUUAUAGAAGCAGUAUUUAGCUAGGUCUCCAGAUUAGUUUUUAUAAAUCACAUUUGUGAUGUGCAUUUUAGGAAAAUUAUAGUCUGUCCAUAUCUAAGACUAUAAAACUUCCUCCGUCCGCUCAAGCUCCCUGAUUCUGCCUAAUCUCCUCGUCACUAUGUCACUACACUACUUCUCUUGGAAUGAUAAUCAAUUCUGCCUCCAACAAACGCCUCAAUUUGUUAUUGUUGAAUAAGUUUUCCAAAUUAUUGAGUUUUUUUUAAAUAAACUUUAAAAAAUAUUUGUUCAACAUUAAAAUAGCAAAAAAUAUAUUUUAAAAUGCAUUUAUUUUUCAUAAUAUUUAAUUUUAAAAUAAGUAUCCAAAAAUACGAUAUGGAAAACCCAACAAUUUUAAAAAUCAAGGCAGCAGUCUUAGGUCCCCUCAAAUUCUCUACUUUACAACUGAUAAAAGGACAAGGAAUAGGGGGAAUGGGGGGAACAUAUUGGAGGCAUACAUGGGGUGGGAUUUACCACACAAAAAAUGAAAAAAUCAUUGAGAAAGAUCAUGAAGAGGGACAAAAUCUUGCAGGAGGGACAGUGUAACAAGUGGGUUUUGGAGCAAGUAUGGAGUUCAUGGAAAAUGAUUAGAAGGUUCAAAAGGACUGUAUGAUAGACAGUAAAGAGGUCUGGAAUCUGUACCCAUCAAGUUUGUAAGUUAAAUAUGCAUCAUAUCAAUACCACAACACAACACAGGAAAGAGAUAAAAAUGGUUUACAACUGGAAAAUGAGUUGGGAAAAAGAAAGAUUAAAAACAUGUACAGGUCUAACAUUAUGAACAGUCAUUUGUCAUCAUGAGUUACAUUACUGCAAAACCAUGCCAAUUGCAGUGCAAGCCAGCUGUUUUAAGAGAAUCUACAAUCAUAUCAGAUAAGUAGACAAGUUCACUUGUAUGGUUCGUCCACAAAUUUAGUUGAGAGAAAGUCACUAAUAUCUAGACUUUGUAGUACAGAUGUUUGUAAAUUACAUUUCCCAACAUAUUUAGCCAACCUUUCUACUAACUUCCUCCAACAGAGCACAAAAUUAACGUUACACACUAUGGCACAGAGGAUCUUAAUGGCAAGAAUUAAGUACAGAUUUUUUUGCAGAAGGUUCAUCUUGGCACUACCAAGAUUUAAUUAAAAACCUCUAACUUUACCAACGCAGUCAAAAGUGCUACUCGUAUGUAUUAAGUCCUACACGAUAAUGUUGAAAAAGAAUGUUUUACCAACAGUGAGUGUUACUAACCUGCCUUUGCAAAUUUGAAUAAAACAAAAACCUCAUGUAAAGUGUGCUUUAAGGGACAACUGUCACAUAUUAACAUAUUUUUGAAACGCUUAUUACAUUAAAUGUAACAAUGAUAUUUUAAAAUUAUGUAUAGUGAUUUGUGAAAAUUUAACUUUUCUUCUGAUUGAGCAGCCGUUGGGUCAGACUAUUAGCUACCAACUGCUGCUCAAACUAACUUACCUGCUGCUAUGAUUGUUCUGUGUGAAACUGCAGCAGCAGGAAAGCUAGGUUGAGCAGCAGUUGGUCGGGUGACAGUGGAGUCUGGGGCAAUCAAUAUACAUAAAUAUAUCAAAUAUAUCAAUAAAUGUAAUAAACUAAACCAAAAAAAAAAAAAAAAGUGAACAUUUGAUGACAGUUGUCCUUUAAGCUUAAUAGUAUUUUGGAUCAACUUUGCCUAUAAUUACUAAUUCCGCAACAUAAUUACCUUAAUUUUCAUUUAAGUGAAUUUUUUUUAGUUUAGUCACUGAAGUGCUGCAUUGUCAUCCUUAGUGCUGCCAUUUUGUGGUAUGGCCAUGUUUAGUGCUUCCAUUUUUGUGGCAUGGUCAUGUUUAGUGCUGCCAUUUUGUGGCAUGGCCAUGUUUAGUGCUGCCAUUUUAUGGCAUGGACAAGAAAGGGUUUUGAAAGGUAAUUAACCUUAAAUCUAUUCUGAUCCAAAAGCCCAACCAUUAUGAUUGAACUUGCAUAACUAAGAAGGCAAUUUUGGAUGCAUCUGAAUCAUUGCACUAUAAUAGGCUAUGGUAAUAGACGGCAGAAUAUUUUUGGAGUUUACAGUGUUACACAGGUGUUAAUUAGAAUUCUGCAACUAAGCUCAUUAUAAACUGCAUUCCGGUCAGUGUUCUCGGUGAUUAACUUGAUACCUUAUACAACACAAGAAGGGUUCUACAGAACUCAACUUAAUGGUACCAAUUUAUUCAACCUAACCUGAGAAUGUUUUAAUGUUAAUUGUAUUUUUUCACAAAUGUAAAAGUAAGAACACGGUGUCUUCAUUUUUCUUUAUCCUGGCGAUAAUGACUAAUGCUUGCAGCACUGCAGUGCCAAACAUUUCCAAAUUAUUUAUGUCUGCGCACACACACAUUACCCAGGAUUCUCAAAGGUUCCUGGACCAUGUGGGCAGGAAACUAUGGGAUAUCUAAACUGUAUUAUAUUUAACCAGAAUAGCCAUGACCAACACUAACCCAAGUUUAUUGGGGGUGUAUUGGGGAUAGAGUUUUUAAAAAACAAAACAAUUAAACUGUGGCAUUCACAACUCCUACUGACAAUUCACAUGAAUAAAAUGUAAGCCUGGAAGUAGCCCAGGUGUAUAUAAAAUAAAUAAAUAAUUCUAAAUAAGUACACAAAACAUAAGAACCAAAAAAUGGAUAAAAUCCAGUUAUCAAUUUAAGGAUGAAUAUAGGUAUAGUGCUCCAACAAAAAUAACUUGUUUAAGUGAGUGAUUAUUAAUAUGUUUGGAAAACCAAACACGACAGGAACCAACUAUUGAAAACAUUUGUCUACUAAACAUUAUUGGACAUUGUACUGCAAUGCAAAAAGGAUAAACAAGAUAGAUAUUAAAAGCUUUUUGAUUUAUAGGUUAACAAUGUCUAUGGUAGUGUGUUAAAAUUUACGUUAUGUCAAAAUAUUACCAUUGUUUUAUACAUUAACAACAAUUUCAUUAUAACAUGAAUGCCUUGGAAAAUUGCCUCAACAUAUUAGAGAUUUUGUUAACAGGAAGACAUUCAGGAGUUCCCAGAAAUAAAAUACUUUUAUAGAUUAUAAAAUAAACAAUGCAUAUGCCCAGAUUUAAUAUUCGUAUCAAUACUUAAAAUAUCUGUAUCCCCUGCUCUUUCUAGUAUCUGUAGAACAUGGAUAAUGUUAUAAAAAAAAAAAAUAUACAAGGACUAUUCACUAAACGCCAAAAGAGUUUGAGAAAUUUCAUUUUUAAAAUGUUAUUCACCAAUGUGAAACCUGACCAGGAAAUUGGUCAUGUAAGGGCACAAAAGCCAAGUUAGUAAAAAAGCGAUUAAUCUUUUUUCCCAGUUAUAGCAUUUUGGCCUAACUUUUGCGGUUCCCAUUUUAGCGAAUAACCUAGACUUUGUAAUCACAAAACAAAUGGCAACUAAUCUUUUUUAUUCCUAAACAGUUUGAACCGUGGCAGGCAAGAGGUAUAUUGAACUUGAAGCCAUCUUACGAAUUUCAUAGGGUGUAUAAUCUCCACCAAUAUGUUAUAGAAAUCAUAGACAACUCAGGCAAAGUGUAUUUGUUUGGGAGGCUACACACCAUAAAUGUCUCAAAAGCUUGCAAAACACCAAGUAUUCACAUACAUUUCCACAACGAAUAGUAAUUGUUUGCUCCAAUCCACAGGGACCAAGACGAGCGUCCGUCUGCGGAAAAGCUUCUGCAACACUCGUUUAUCAAGAGGAGAUAAGUUAAAAGGACUACUCGUGCCAAAAUUAUCUUUUCAGACCAAACAAAACAAAAAAGAAAAAACAUCUUUUCCAGGAACAAAAUUUAGAUUCACCAUCACAUUAUAU